UUCUGACAUAACCAACCUCUUCAAGGCCAGACCCUCCACAGUGUCUGAACCUCACCCCUUCCCAUCUUACUGGAGAAUGCUCUCCACCCUUUGUUUCUGUGUUAAGAACCUUUGCCUCUCCUGUGGCAUCUUCCCUUCAGCUGGUGAGAAUGCUCAGAGCUUACCAGUCUAAAACCAAACAAAUAAAACUUGUCUCUUGACUGUAGCUUUUUUCUUCUUUCCUGUCUCUUUGCCUUCUCAUCCAGGAUUUGCAAAGGAGAACCCUCUUUAACCAAUAUAAUUCUGCUUCUUCCCUACAACACCACUGAAGCUGCUAUAAGAAAAGUCUGCAGUGGUCUCCCAAUUACCAGAUCCAAUGACUGUUUUUCUUUUCUUAAUUCACUUAACUUCUUUACUGGAUUUGAUAACAGUAACUAUAAAACUCCCUCCUUGAAAUUCCUUCUCCUUCAUCUCUGAACUUUUCUUCUCCACUGGUUGCAUCUUAGGCUGUCCUCAGAGCAGUUCUCUGUGGGCAAUUUUAGUCACUCUCAUAAUUUGCUUCAUUUUUACACGAGUGACUCUCAAAUCUCUUUCGGGCUGCACGCUGAUUACUGGACAUCUCCACCUGUAUCUGCCAUGUGCCUCUGAAACUCCAUAUCUCCAUACCCAAGGGCUCCUUAAAACUUAGGCUCUUAUUGCCCCAAACAGUCAAACAUCAAAAUCUGCUUAAGUUACCUCCUACAUAUCUCUUGAGACUGUUCUGCCUUUUCCAUCUUCAUUGUCAUUACCUUAGUUCUAGCUUUUAUCCUCUCUCACCUGGACUGUUUCAGGAUACUCCUUCUGAGUUUCCCUGCCUAGACUGUUGUGUCUGUCACAUCUGUCCUCUACACUGCUGUGUUAAAAAAGGCAUCUGACUAUUCCCUCCCUGCUUGAACAUUUUCACUGGUUUUGCAUUGCCUAAAAGACCGAUUUUAAGCUUUUUAGUACUGCAUCCAAGGACUUCCAAGAUCCGAGCCCUGCCUGCUUUCCAUCCCCAUCCACCCCCUUCUUCCCAUCUUCUUCUUCAACAUUCCUGAGCUGCUUGUUAUGCCCCUGGUAUUUUGUACCCCUGAAUAUGCUACUCCAUUGGUAUGGCUUUGUCAUGGGUCAUAUCACAUCAUACUGUGAUUGAGUGUUGAUGUGUUUUGUCUAACCCACUGGUCGUUCUAGGACUGAAUUGAUGCUAUUUUAAUCUCUGUAUUCCCAACACAGUACAUGGUAUAUUGUGAGCAUCAACAGAUAUUUGUAGACCUGACCCAAUGAUCAUUUUAGCCCACAUCGAUUCAUCCUGCCUAGCAGAAUGUUAGCCGUUAUGAGCCAUCUCCAUAUACCUGCUGUUGCCUACCUUGAUUUCUAAGCAGUAAAGCGUUCCAAUUGCCCGGGCUGUACUUGUUGACAUGGAACCUAAAGUUAUCAAUCAAACACUAUCAAAGGCUGCCCAGUCUGGCCGAUGGAAAUAUGGCCAGCAUUCAAGCUUCUGUCAAAAACAAGGUUCGGGAAACAACUGGGCGUAUGGUUACUCUGUUCAUGGACCCAGGCAUGAAGAAUCUAUAAGGAACCUAAUCCAGAAGGAAGUGGAGAAAUGUGACUCUUUGAGUGGUUUUUUUAUCAUAAUGAGUAUGGCUGGGGGCACAGGAUCAGGGCUAGGAGCCUUCGUUACACAGAAUUUACAAGAUCAGUACUCAAACUCUUUGAAAAUGAAUCAGAUUAUAUGGCCUUAUGGAACUGGUGAGGUUAUUGUUCAGAACUACAACUCCGUUUUGACUCUUUCUCACUUGUACCGAUCUUCAGACGCCCUCCUUGUUCAUGAGAAUGAUGCUGUUCAUAAGAUCUGUGCGAAACUGAUGAAUAUCAAGCAGAUCUCCUUCAGUGAUAUAAAUCAGGUCCUCGCACAUCAGCUGGGAAGUGUGUUCCAGCCUACUUAUUCUGCGGAAGGCUCAUUUCACUACAGAAGAAAUCCAUUAGGAGACUUAAUGGAGAAUUUAGUUCCCCAUCCUGAAUUCAAGAUGCUGGGUGUUCGUAACAUUCCUCAAAUGUCUGAGAACUCACUGGCAUACAGCACGUUUACUUGGGCUGGCCUCCUCAAGCAUUUGAGACAGAUGCUCAUUUCUAAUGCGAAAAUGGAAGAAGGUAUUGACUGGCAGAUACGGCCUCCUUUACCAGGACUGCCCAGUCUUAGUAAAAUGUCUCUCAACAAGGAGCUUCAUUUUAACACUUCCAUUGCUAACUUACUCAUCCUUCGUGGGAAAGAUGUGCACAGUGCAGAUCUGGAGGGAUUUAAAGAUCCAGCUCUCUAUACUUCCUGGCUAGAGCCUGUUAAUGCUUUCAAUGUCUGGAGAACCCAGCGAGCCUUUAGCAAGUAUGAGAAGUCUGCAGCACUGGUCAGCAAUAGCCAGUUCUUAGUAAAACCACUUGAUAUGAUUGUGGGCAAAGCAUGGAACAUGUUUGCUUCAAAAGCCUACGUUCAUCAGUACACAAAAUUUGGAAUUGAAGAAGAGGACUUUUUGGACAGUUUCGCAUUGUUAGAACAGGUCGUUGCCAGUUAUUGCACUCUCUGAUCUUGAAAAAAGGGGCAAAAGUACCUUAAGUCAUGUUUGGACUGAAAUAUUUUCAAUAGUACUUUCUCUGUAAGGUUUUCAAAGUUCUAUCUGUUAAAAUAACAAAGUUGAAUGCUGAUUCCUUCUUCAUACUAUACCCACAGAAAAGCAGGAAAACCUUCUAAAUGGAGAAUAGCAUGUUUUCAAUGAAAACAUCUACUUGGUCUUUUCAUUUGUAAGAAAAAAAAAUUGGUGGUUCUAUAAAGAACUUGGGACACAGUUUGCUGAGAUGUUGGAUCUCUGGGACUAUCCAAAAAAGGGAAUAUUCUGUUUUGUCCCCUUGUUCCUAAAUCUUCCCUCUUUAUUCCAAAAAAGAUUCACUAAAUAUGAGCUUAACUUUCAUAGCACAAUUUUAAGCUCAGAAAUUGCACUACUGUAUUUAAAUAUAUUAAUCUUUGAAGUGAAUGCUUUGAACCACAAGAGGGAGCUGUUGUCAAAUGCGACAGUGUGAACAUCUAUUGUGAAUAUUUUAUUCUAUAAUAGGGUAAGAUUUUCCACUUUAAACAGCCUUUUAAAAAUAAAUGUCAGGAUUCUGUUAAUAAAUGUAUAUCAUACUUAAACACAAAAGUAAAUAAGUAAAUGUUUACUUUGUUUUUGUUAAGUUUUCUGGGCAUCAGAAAAUUGGGUUAGGGCCCAGCUCUGUGGCAUGCUGGUUAAGUUCCUCGCGCUCUGCUUCAGCAGCCUGGGUUUGCAGGGUUAGGUCCCUCA